UAUUUUAUUCGCCGUUAUGAUGUCACGUAAUAUAAAACGGUCGCUACUAUAUAUCACCUUGUAGAGUUUGUUGUCUGCAUAUUGAUAUAUAAUAUACAUAUUUUAAGAAUAAUAGAUACACAUGAAUGCCUCUUUCAAAGUGAAGUUGGGUAUUAAUCGUAGCGCCAUCCCUUUUGUGAUUAAUGUGGCUGGAAAAACUGUUUCUAAAAUGGUGGUAAGUGGGGAAAUUGAAAAUACCAGCAGGAUCAAUGCAGUGAUAGUCGUGAUGAAUUGAUGUUAUGGGUGGGAUAGAUCUUAAAAAGUCGGUCUUGUGUAGCUAUUGUUUUGUUUUUUUAAACACAUAUUUGCGUUCGGCUUUGUCUUCACGGGGCCGUGCAUGUGCAAAACAUCUCCUCCAUUGUGUGGGCCGGCGUGCUAUUUCCCACUCUGACAUCAUUAUUGCAGGCCGACGGAGAGGCUCGCCGCGCACCGCCCUUUAAGACGGGUCCGAGCCUCAGUCGUUGAUUUAAAAAAAAAAAAAAAAAAAGAGAGAGAAAAGGGAAGAAAAAAAAAGUCGUGGCGGCGGUGCUGGUUCCGAGACGCGGGGGGAAACCGUCUGAGUGUGACCCGCGGUCCCAUCCAGCUGGCACGGAGGAGGAAAAACAAACCCGUGAGUGCAUUUAAUGUGAGCCGACACGCCGGGGAAAGAAGGAAGGAAGGGUGGGGGAGGAGGACCGCAAGGACGGGGGAGGACCGACCGGACUCGGGGCCGCGGGAGACGGAAGUGAGAAAGGGGGCUUGCUCCGAAGAGGAAGCCCCGUCCCUUUAAAAAAAAAAAAAAAAAAAAAAAAAAAGCGAGUGGGACAUAGCGCUGCGAGAAAAGGAGAGGAGGGGGAGAAGAACGAGGAAUUAAAAAAGAAAAGGAAGAAAGACACAGGGAGGGCGGAGGGAGAGCGAGCGAUAAAAAAAGAAAGAUGACAUCCUCGCGGCUCAGCGGCCGAGGUGGGGCGACGGGCCGCGGCCCGGCGGGAGCGCCGCACGGCCGGGCCGCGGCUUGACUCCGACUCCGAGGCUUCGGCAAACACCCGAGCGGCCUAACGGAGGCGCAACAACAGAUUGACUUUACAUUAAUCGACUCAUUAAAACAAAGCAUGACUCGACGGUCUGACAGAUACGUGUCUAUGACCCGUAUUGGCUCUCCCGUGUAACAACAAAAACAACAACAACAUUAACAAAUAGACUUUUUAUUUCACGCAGCGUGGCCAGUCGUGUUGUACAAUUCCGACGUGGGGCUUUGGGAGGCAGCCGAGUUUGGGUAAUUUUUUUUUAGUUUUUUUUUUUUUUGCUGCAUUGCUUGCUUCUUGCUGAGUUAAUCCAAGCAAAAAAAAAAAAAAAAAAAAAAAGAUCCAAGUGAGGAGGCAGAAAGGGACGUCGAUGCUAGCCGGCCUGCGUGCUUUCUCGUGCGGCCGAUUUUGGUUCCCCGCUGCGCCCAUUUGACUUAGCGGCAUCGUCAACAUGCCGUCCCCGUGACAUCAGCGGCUUUUGCACACCACUUUAUAUUCAUCUUUUUUUUUUCUUUUUUGAACCCACCGUUUUUGUUUUUGUUUUUGUUUUUUUUGUUUUUGUUUUCAACGUUGGGCCGAGCAUUCUCCAAACCAUGCGAAGGUUGCCCUCCUCGAUCACAACCGGGAGCUGGCUUUAAUCUCCAUCUCUGUGGUGCGAAAAUGGAUGCUGCGUGGAGCAAUUUCCUCUUCCAGGUAGGCUUGAAUGCUCCCACCCAAAACCAAGUGGAGGGGAGCCUCCAAUCGGAGCUCAUGUCGGUUCAUACGAGCUCUCCCCAAACCCCACCCACUGAGCACAUAGCGCAGCCUCCCUCCACCGUGGACACCACCGCUCUCAAAGAGGAGCCCAUGCCCAUCGAGCCCUGCGGAUCCGAUCCCCACCCGGCCGCCACUUCAUUAGUGAAGCCCAUAUCCCGACCAGCCCGCGUGCCGCACAUCUGUGCCAUUUGCAACAAGCAGUUCAAGAACAACUACAACCUUCGGCGGCACCAGUCGGUCCACACAGGGCGGCCCGCGAACCAGAACCCCACGCCGGUGAGGAAGAACCACGCGUGCGAGACGUGCGGCAAAGCCUUCCGCGACGUCUACCACCUGAACCGCCACCGCCUGUCCCACUCGGACGAGAAGCCCUUUUCCUGUCCCAUCUGCCAGCAGCGCUUCAAGAGGAAGGACCGCAUGAGCCACCACGUGCGCUCGCACCAGGGCGGCGUCGAGAAGCCCUACAUUUGCCCGCACUGCAGCAAAGCUUUCUCAAGGCCCGACCAUCUCAACAGUCACGUGCGACAGGUGCACUCGUCGGAGCGCCCCUUCAAAUGCCCGACAUGCGAGUCCAGCUUUGCCACUAAAGACCGUCUGCGUGCCCACAUGAUUCGCCACGAGGAGAAGGUCCCGUGCCACAUCUGCGGCAAGCUCCUGUCGGCCGCCUACAUCACGGAUCACAUGAGGGUGCACAACCAGUCCCAGCACCACGUCUGUCACCUGUGCAACCGCAGCUUCACCACGCUGACGUACCUGCGCGUCCACGCCCAGAAGCAUCACGGCCAGGAGUGGAAGGACAGCCCGGGAGGAUUCGGCGGCACGGCGUCCGGCGGCGUGCUGGUCUGCCAGCUGUGCGGCGUCCACUGCAAAACUCCGACCCAGCUCCAGGGCCACAUGGGCACCCACGGCAACAGCCAGGCCGCCCCGAGCCCCGGCACCUCCAACGUCGUCGCCAGCAGCUCCAUUUCCCUCAGCAACAUGGUGACUGCGCCCGCCGUGUACGUCACGGGCAGCACGGUGGUGGACCUGCUGGUCACGGACUGCUCCAGCAUUGCGGCGUCGCAGCCGCAGAGUUAGCGAUCGCCACGGCCACAGCAGCAGCAUCAGCAAUAACCUCAGUCGUUCAAAACAAAAGAGGGCACGAGUUUUACAGGUGGUCUCAACUAUUUCACGCAAGGAUACGUACGCGGGAUUAAGAUUUUGGACGGAGCGGGACGCAAUGUCAGAGUUGCAGCAAAACCUCGCAAACUUCAUAUCGAAAUCCAACAGGAUAAAAUAGUGGAAUCGUACUGCGCAUGUAAAGCAGGGUGAGUACUUUUUACUUUACUAAAGAUCACGAGUGAUGCUCUGUCUUAAAAGUUCGAUACGAUACAAAUAGGCAAAUAGACAACUGUCUUGCAUGCACGACAUUGCGCAUUUAUGUAUUACGACUCUUCGGCGUAAAACAUGACAGGUCAGUGAUACACUAACAAAGCGAAAGUUGUUCUCCUGCAACGUAUAAAGCACUGAUAAUUCGACCCUCACAGCCUUGUAUUUGUUGAUAUUGUCCACAUUUAGUGGUACGCGCACUCUUCCGCGAGCCUUAAUCCAUGGUAGACACUUCGUCAAAUGUGUUUUAGGCUUUGGAAAAUGAAUCAACAGGGCAGGAUACCUUUUAUCAGAAUUGCACGUUCCCCAAGCACAUCUGACGACCAUUUUCUUUGUAACAUUAGCUUUUCCAAGCGCACGCUACUGACAACCAGCAUUGCUUGUGGGACAACACGGCGGCAGGGGCGUGUCAAGACAACGCGGCCAUCCGAUUGGCUAUUAUUGCACGAGCGAUUGACAAGUCGCAAAGGUCCAUUGAAGGCCCCACGGGCAGAUUAGGAUGGCACGGCAACACAAACGAGAUGAAAUGUGAUUGGACAAAAACAUACAACAGCCACAUACAUGCACGCACGGGAAGAAGUGCAGCCAGGAGAAACAAAGGCAAAGCGACUGCCGGGAAUAAACGUUUAGGUCGCAAAUGAAGGUCAUCGCUUCUGGCCCACUGCUGAUACUUGGAUGUUUGCAUCCAGCCGGACUGACGACAGGUGUGCUCUUCUGGUCGUCUUCUGUUUUUAAUUGUCCUCACCCUUAGAAUCGGACGCUUUGUCGAACUCUUACCUCCUUUUUUUUAAUUUUUUUUUUAUUUUUUUAUUGCAGCUCAUUGACUGCAACUGUUUAGUGUUGUGUUCUGAAUGACAAUUAGCCCUCUUGAGUGGGGGAAACUAAAUUAGAACUGCGUGGAUAAGGCCAGGCUUUUCUAGCAUGUUAGCUCGUUCGGUCAGAGUUUUAACAAUAAAUAGUAUGAUUUUUUUUUUUUUUUUUUUAUACAAAGUGGUUCCACUAGUUUUAGCGGUUUCUACAUCGGGAUGCAAGCGCGGCGUCAUGAGAGGUGCUCGGAGGUUCAGUCGUCAUCGUUUUGGCUGGAGUGAGGAUGAAAAUGGGCUCGGGAUGAGUUUCUUGCUCUGAAGUCUUCCUCUCUGGGUUAGGCCAAGAAAAAAAAAGGGGGUGGGGGAGAUAUGAAUUUGAAUCAACAUUUCUGCUUUUAACACUGCGACUCUUGCACCUGGGAGAAAAAAAAAUACACAAAAAACGACUUUUUGCAUGAACGCAAGCCAACCGAGGGGUUUCACUAAGGUUGUGAACAAUAAUACUUACAUGUUGAUUUUUUUUUUUUUUUUUUCCCAAAAAUGAACUCUUUGUCGGCCAUUUGUAACCAUCAUUGCCAUAGCCUUUUUUUUUGUUUGUUUGUUUGUUUUUCUCUACCUGCCAAUCCAACGAGUAAACUUUAGAGAUUAGAUUUAGCGUGUAUAGCACCUAACAUAUUAGUCUUUGUCAUUUUACAUGGAUCUCACUGGUUGCGUUCACUUAUUAUGGGAUUUGUAUUGCUGAGCAAGGGCUUUUAGUCAAGGAAAUAAGCGCCACAGGAAGUUGACAAACUAUUUCCGGUUUCGUCCUUGAAAACUUUUUUUUUUUUUCCUUUCAGUUUCGAGUGUUACUUUGACAUUUAUAGUGACAUUUCUCUCCUGUUUAAAAAAAAAAAGAGUUCUUCCUGUUGAGAAAAGUUGUCAUUUACCAAACAUUAAUUUUUACUUCCAUUUCCACUACAAAAGAAAAAAAAAAUACCUCCUAGAAAUCUGUACGGCUCUUGUGAUACAUCUUAUUGCCUUAUCAUACUCGACUGCAUUUUCUUUCACGAUGAUCAGAUCUCAGUCAUGGGAUACAUUAAGAAUAUUAACGGGAUGUAUUUAUAUUUAUAUUUUUAUAUUUCUCAGCAGUAUGCAUGUCCCAAAAAAAAAAUAGUGCAAGAACAGUGGAGGGGAAAAAAAAAGUCAUUGCUUAUUGCAGUCAUAAGUAUUAGGUUAUUUUGUAGAUGAAGUAGAAAUCAUGUUAUUAUUUUGUAAUUUGGACAAUUUCAAGUAAAAUGGGUAAAGAUG